AUGCGCGAUCUCCUGAGUCUACAAUAUACUUGCGGAACAUUGAAAAAAUUAUUAGAUAAGUUUCAAGCACCAAUUCGUUAUGCGGUUGCUUAUGGAAGUGGAAUUUUCCCACAAAAAGGAUAUGAUCCAAAAUCUAAAAAAAUGAUUGAUUUUAUUUUUGGUGUUCGUUAUCCACAACAUUGGCAUUCUUUAAAUUUGAUGCAACAUAGAGAUCAUUAUUCAUUCAUGGGAUCUUUAGGUAGUGGGGCAAUAUCAACAUUACAAGAAAAUGUUGGGCCAGGAGUUUAUUUUAAUCCAUAUGUGAAUGUGGAUGGUAUGUUAAUUAAAUAUGGGGUUGUAUCAAUUGAUAAAUUAUGUAAAGAUUUAUUGGACUGGGAAACAUUAUAUUUAGCAGGAAGGAUGCAUAAACCAAUUAAAAUACUGAGGGAUGAUGCUAGGGUACAUUUAGCUCAACAAGUAAAUUUAAUAUCUGCAUUACGUACAGCAUUGCUGCUUUUACCAAAGGAUUUUACAGAGGAACAACUUUAUUUGACAAUAGCUUCAUUAUCAUAUAAAGGUGAUUUUCGUCGAUAUUUUGGAGAAAACCCCAACAAAUUAAAAAAUAUUGUUUUAAACCAAAUGCAUGAUUUUAAUUUAUUAUAUAGUGGACUGAUUAAUGGGCUUCCUAAUGUUGAAUUUAUUAGUGAUGGAAAACUUCAGCAAGACGAUAGUCCAAAAGCACAAAUUCAAUUAAUAAAGAAACUACCAAGGCUACUAAGCUACAAAAUACAAGAAGAACAUCGAAUGGUUCUAGCAAAACAUGGUCAACAAUGGCCAUCAGAUAUUAAUGAUAUUUAUAAAAGUAUUAUAAACUCUGGAAAUUAUGGAGAAUAUAUUGAAACAAGUUUAAAAGAAAUAGUUUUUAGAUCUGCAAUCACACAGAGUCUUAAAGGAAUAUUAACAGCAGGUCUUAAGAAAAGUGAACAGCUCAGACAAUUACCAGAAAUUCAAUUAAUUGAAAAAGACACACAUGUCACAACUUUCGAAAUUAUAGCAAAUUUCAUCAAAGAGAACUAUAACAAUUAUUAUGAUAAUGGUGAUUAUACAUUAAGAAAUGAAAGUACCAUACAUAUUAAACCAACUUUCAAUUUAGAUUAUAUAGAUCAAGCACAUCUUUCUUUUGAUAGAAAAUUUUCAGCAGGCCAUGCUAGAUUUGAAGACUUAUUGCAGCUAAAGUACUUGAUUCCUUUGGAGCUGGUUAUGCAUAGAAUUGUGUUGAAGGAACACAAGACCAGUAGAAAUAAAAAUGCAGUUGUUAAUAUGUUAUUUGGUGGCAAAGUCCCAGAAGCAUUAAGUUAUGUAUUAAUAUUACUUACUAAUGUAGCUGAUUUUUCAACUUUGGUAGUUGCAUGGACAUUUUUGCACUUGGUGUAG